GGUGGCGACAUUGGCGGGUGGCGAAGCGAGGCACAAACAAAACAAACGGGCAGGUGGUGACUGCGUGGCUAUACUCAUUGCAGUAAUCAGUGUAGUGUAAUGAAUUAAACUAAGGACACUGCGUAUCACUGUGAAGGAAGACACUAUGUAGAUUACUAAAGUGUUUAUUACUUUGAUCCAUAGAUAUUAUUUGAAAUUUACGUCCACUCAAGUGUAAAAGCAACCACUCCCAGAACUGGCUGAACACAUUCCUGGCCGCUUCAGUGUUGCCUUAACUUCAGAGUCAUCCUGAAGAUGGCAUCCACUUCACCAGAACAAACUCCUCAGACAGAUUCUGCACAAGAGGCGAUUCUGCAACUAACACCAGAGAUUUGCACUGACAACAAUGAGCAGUCAUCUCCACUAGAGGAAAAAGCAUCAUAUGUGGAUGAAGGGGAUGACAGUAAUAAGUUGGCAAUGGAGAGUUUAGUAAAUCCUCCAUUACCAGAUGAACUAGGAGAGGCAGAAUGUGCAAUACUACGUGGAGAUGCAAUUGGCUCCACGACCUACACACAUCGCUGGGUCCUUCAUACUCUCCUUACCAUUACAGAGGCCUUACCACAAUAUCUGACCACUGGUGAUAGAUGUGUGAAGAUUGAUCAUAAAAUGACUGGUGGGGAUGAAGAAGCUGAUACAGAGCAUACAGAAAAGCAGCAUAGCAGCCUUAGUACUAGCAAUGUUAUAGAGCUGGAGGAGGAUGUUGAAAAUGCAGCUUGCCAGUUGUGGGACAUGACUGCUGAGCCGGAUGUGGUGUCCCAUCUCCUGAAUCUGGAUGUGGUGGAUAUUCUGCAGCUGGCCAAAGAGAUCAUCACACUUUCUCGAGCACCUCGUCUUACUGAAGUUGUGGUUGGUGUAGUUGCCAACUUGUGCUGUCAGGCUGAGGGUUGUGAGAAGGUUAUUGCGAGUGAAUCCCUUCUUCCUUCCUGCUUGGCCAUCCUGCACUCAACAGAUGAUGUUCCUACCCUGGUGGAGGCCUUCCGUCUCUUGAAGCUCCUGCUUUGGCACACCACCUAUAGAGUACCCAUGGAGAAGCGCUGCCAGUAUCCUUUGGUCACUGCACUCAAGAACCAUGAGUCUAUGAAGGAGGCUUUAGUCUUCUUGCUCAAAAAUAGUCUAAGUGACAGCCUUUUGAAUGCUGUAUUUGAGUUUCUAGAGGCUCUUCUAUACCUUUGGCUUCCCGCUGACCAGUACUAUAUGGCUGCACACUACUCUGAAUCAGGUCUGAUUGAAGGGGUAGUUUUGGUUAUGAAACACUUUCUGAAGCAGUGGGAGAAGAAUGGGGGGCAAGAGAACCCGCUUGCUGUCCACCGUGGAGUGCUUAUUCUCUACAGCUUUGUGGCCACACCAGCAGUGCAGACAAUAAGUAGCUUUGAUCAGUAUGAGUCACUGCUUGAACCAGUCUUGGCUAGGUAUGUGGAACACAUGGCCAAAGUGGAAAAAGUGGAGGAGUUGUAUGAAGAGGAGAGAGCAGAAAGGCUAGUGUAUGCACUAGGCUUAUAUGAACUGUUAGUGCCAACCAUGCGCCAACCCAGCAUACUUCUGCAUAUAGGCAAGCUGUUGGCCCUCACACAUGGAGGCAGCUAUCAUUAUAUUGCUGUCCCAGUCAAGGAUGAUCAAGAGCUGCACAAAAAAGAGAGAUUAAGGAAUAGAUCUGGAAAAAGACACCGGAGACUGAGCAGUAGGAGCAAAAGGCACAGUCAUUCUUCAGAGGAAAUGGAUGUAGACACUGAUUGCCCUUCAGUAGUACAGGCAGAGAAGGAGACUGCUACAGUCACUAAGCAGGAAAGAGAGAGAGUUUCAAAGAGGGAAAAAGAAGAAAAGGAUAAAGGAAGUAGAAUUAGCAAUCUUACAGACUCACCAGUAAGUACUAGUAAUGUUAACAGAGAAGAGAAAAAUAUAAUUCCUAGAAUUAGACAAAGUUAUGGAGAGAAAGAUGCAAAAAGCAUAUCAGACACAUUAAAAGAAAGUUUAGCUGAUUACUGUGUGCGUGUUAUGAAGUGCUGCCCAGACUUAGAUGCUGUGUUGACCGUUGUGAAUGAGUGUCAUGUGAAUGAGGUGGAGCUUUUCUUCCAGGCUGUUAGGGUGCAAGAACCUGCACUGGUUGGUCAGCUUCAGGAACAGAUACUGGACUCUGGCACACACAAUCGGUUAGUGACAAUAUUGUCAGACAUGUAUGCUUGAUAGUACCAUUGAAGGAUAGAAUAACAGUGACUUGGUGUGUAUUCACACCAUGAGACAUGUAGAGGAAUCUUGGUUAUCUGGUAUUUUAUCAUUUACAUUGUUCUGGCAGCUACAGCUUAUUGGAGGAAAAGUAUUUCAAAGGAAGAUAUUACUUGGGCUCAUGAGAGAGAGAGAGAGAGAGAGAAUUGUUUUGAAGAUGUCUCCCUUCUCUUCCCUUAAGAGAGUUCAAAUUGUAGGAAAACAGAAACAAAAUCAGGCAGAGUUCCAGAGUUUACCUUUCUAAGGAGUGUUAGUGAGUGGGAGAGCAAAUGGAAGGUCUUGUGUCAUGAGGCCAAGGGAAGGCAGAAAUGCAGUUAGCAAGUUUAGAAGAGCAGUAACCAUAAAAAUAACAUUAUAACUCUAGAGGAGGAAGUAAUAAGAUGCAUCACAUUACAUGGAGGUUGUUUCACCCAGAGAUAUGUGGAAUUUUCAGUUUUAGUUUUAAAUUUUAGUAAAGGACAACUGAAAGAUAUUCAGGAUUGAAGAGGGAAACAAUUGAGCUUUAUUGAAGAAAGAAUAGUUGUCUUGAAUGUUAUGUUUUGUAGUUAAGGAGAGGAGGAAGUUUUAUAGGCAUUGAACAAUACAACCUUAGCUGUGCAUCCAUUUAGAACCAUAGGAAGAUUAGAUGCAAUGUAGUGUUUCUUACAUUUUUUAUUUUUUGCAGACUUAGUCAUUUGGUAAAUGGUGUUGAGAAAUGCAGGCUAGAAUUAUUGGUAUAAGAGUGGAUGGAGGAAAGUUUGAGAUGAUUUAGGAAUAAUGAGAAGAGUGAAUGUUAAGAUAGAAUCCUGUGGAGCACCAUUCUUAAAAGGUUGAAAAAGGAAUACAGACCUUACAGUGCUGCAGCAAUAAAGCUGUAAUACAUUCGUUACUCCUCACCAGAGAUAUGUCAUCCAGAAUAAGACACAGUUGCAUUGCUGUUCUAUCCAUUGCUGAUCAUCUGUAUGAUUGAUCUUGUGUGCCAAACAGUUGAUCCUCAGUGACAGUACAAAAUAGUAUCAUAUAUCAAGUUCAGUUUUCCAUGGGUGUCAGAUAACUUCAAUAUAUGUAGCAGAGUUUCUCAAAUGUUGCUUUGUAAUAUAAAAUGUUACAUAAUGUCCUUUAUGUAAAAAAAUUAAUGUACUUUUUUAAAUGUUAACAGUGAGAAUGUAGGUUUUUAUAGAUUAUAUGUAAAAUAAUAUAAGAAUAGAGAUGAUAAAUUAAGACAGUCUGAAUUUUACCUUUACUUUUGUACAUGUUACUGACGAAAAAAAGAAAUUUUAAAGAUAUUAUUAUUAUUUUAUUUAUUUAUUUAUUUAAUUUUUUAUUUUUUUUAGUUUCAUGGUCAAUAUUUAGUUUUGGUUAUUAAUUACAUUAAUGUAAACCAAAAUUAAUUUUUCAUCCAAUGGGGCUAACCUCUUAACACUACAGGACAUCAAGGCUCUCAGGGACUAACUUCUUAACACUGCAGAACAUCUAGGUCCUGCAGUACACAGACUCUGUGUGGCAUUAACCUUCAGGGCAUUAAUCUUGCAGGGCAUUAAUGUUGCUAACCCCUUCUUUACCAUAAGAAACUUAUGAUGUAAACAAGGUGUUCACCAGCAGUAUCACAGCUGCUAUGGUCAGCAUGCCUCACUUGCUGACAAGAAUGUUUGCUGAAGAAACACUACUUAUUUCACUGUCCUCCACCUCUUUUUUUUAGAGUCAUAUUAAAGUCAUACUAAUCUGGAGUCUUUUAACAACUUCUUAUGAUUUCAUAGCUGUAGUCAUCUUCAUCACUACUAAGGGAAGAGAGGCCAUCAUCUCCAACAAGCAUUCAUCCAAAUUUCAGAAAGACCACUGAAAAAUGUGAAGAUAUUAGUAGGGAAUUGAUACCCAAUUGUUUUUGCCACUUUAGACACCUUUGAAGUUCUGCAUCUCUACUUCUGCCUGUUUCCUUGAGAUACUACAAGUUUAUAUAUGAAGAAAUAGCUCUUAUUGUGGAUUUGUUGAAAGUAUGAGUCUCUGAUGCCUUGUAUUAAAGUAUUUAUAACCUCACAAGAAAUCAGCUGGCCUCCCUUCUGGUGUAAUUAUUCUCCAAUGGAAAGCUAGUGAUGGCAUAAAAAAAAAUUCAUUUAGGAUCAGCAGACUUGUUAUACAUCUGCAAGUUUGUCAGCUUAGGAGUUGUAAGAGCAACUUCCUCAUCUGUAAACUUCUGGAAUUCCAAGUUGCUAGCCAGAAAUAGAAUUGCUGAAUUCUAAAGGCAGUAAAAAGGGGCAGAAACUAUGUGAUUUGAGCAAACAGCACCUGGUGUUCUCACGUUAUCUGGUGAGUAGACUAUGUACUGAAAAUCUAAUUACUUUCAUGGAAUGUGCAGGAGACAGGAUGGUUGCCUUAAGUAUGAUGAUUAAUUUCCACUAAAGAAGUGGUGGCCAUCCAAAAUAAAUCCACACACAUUUUGUACAUAGGUUUUCUUGCUUGUCUUCUAGGUAAAGGUAUUUUCAAAAUCAAAUUUACAGAAUGUAAUCCUCAAUCUUCACUACUCCACAGCUCAAUCCUUCAUCCACUUUUUAAUUCCAUUUUACUUAUCAAUUUUUGACAUAAGUACGUCAUGCUUUUUCCAGAAAGUACAUAUUUAUAGUGUUUCAUUCAAGAUGUAAUGUUUUACUGGGUUAUGCAUGUUUUACCAUUACCUCAUUCUCUCUCUCUCUCUCUCUCUCUCUCUCUCUCUCUCUCUCUCUCUCUCUCUCUCUCUCUCUCUCUCUCUCUCUCUCUCUCUCUCUCUCCAUAUAUAUAUAUAUAUAUAUAUAUAUAUAUAUAUAUAUAUAUAUAUAUAUAUAUAUAUAUAUAUAUAUAUAUAUAUAUAAGCAAGCUAGAUUCUGAGCACUAUUUCAGUAACUAACCACAUCCAUGACAUUAUUCUAGUUAAAAAAAAUGCAGAAUACAGUAAAACAUUAUCCCUGGCUGUUACAAGCUUGAGUUCAACUAUGUAUGGUAGAGUAUUGAUUUUACCAGAAAAUAAGUCUGAAGAGGAAUAUGAAGAGAACUUGCAUAUUAAAAGACAAAAUGUGCAAUACUGUACAAAUUGCCAAUUCAGAAUAGAAAAUUUGUACAAAUCCAGAUUAUGAAAAAAAAUAAUAAAAUAAAUAAAUAAAAAAAUAAUAAAUGGAGAAUGAGA